AAUCCAGGUUCACGCUACGAACUGCUUUACACGACGCUACGCGCAACAGUUGCGUCGAGACGAGGCACGAAGAAGAGUUACGAGAAUUGGGUGCAUCGUCGUGUGUCCUGAGUUGUUCAGCCAAUAACAAUUGGAAAGUGUACGAGUGGGAAUCUGAUCGAGCUUCAAACGUCAACUUGCAUUGAAUCGAUUGGCUCUCAAUUAGGAAACUUCAAAUACAUCUCGCGCCGCCUAAUACAUCUCGCGUUGCCAUGGAAAUCCGCGAGGGUGACCGCACCGAUUCCAGAUCGAAGAUACUUAGGUAAACAACGUAGUGCCAGAUACAUUACAUCAGAAUGACGGAGGAGAAGCGACUAUCGUUGGGCAUCAACGUUAGCCUUCUACUAAUAUUGAUGAUAUUCGGGGUGUUCCUGUCCUUGCCUCUGCGACUGUUGUUCAACGCGAGUUACUUUGAUCAGAAUAGCGGAAAUGAAAGCAGCAUCGGUGGCCCGGGCGAGAAAGGAAGAGAGCCCGUGAUACCGAUGGAUCACCGAAAAUUAAAACGCUGUCCGAAUCUGCAGUAUGAGGAUCGCUUGAUGUCCGUCUUUGUGAACGAUUAUGACGAAAAUUGCACGUACGUGCAAGACGACGAUGACGAUGGUGAUGAUGAUGACAGCGGGUCUGAAGAGGAAGAAGUUAGCAGAGAGGAUAAGAACGAGAAGAAAGCGGCAACGUACAGGUCCAAGAGGAGGAAACGAUUCGACGAAGAAAUGAAAGAAAGCGCUGAAGAGAUCUUGAAGAUGCGUCAGAUGAAGUCUGUCACGGUGGCAGGCCACAUACUCGUGACGAUGUUGCUCAUAUCAGUAAUAGCUGCCCUUGUUGAAGUACUGCGAAUACGCUUCGCCAGAGAAAAAGAUUCGUCUAGGGCAGGAACGAUUAUUUCACGGAGAUGCUCCUCCACCAACGUGGACACACCCGCCACAAGGCGUUCAAGAGAAUUAAUUAGAAGCCAAAAAUCCUUUGAGAUACCAGGAAUGCACCGUUCCGCAUUGCGUCUAUUAGGAGCGCAGCAGCCCCUACUUAUUCGUCGCUCCUCGUUUCCAACGCCACAAGCGAAGCAUGCCGCUACUUCGUCUCUUUGCGGUACACCGAGUAAAGGGUUGUCGCGGCGCCCGUCGAUUGAAUCGGACGAAGAAGUCGGAACUAACGCUCUUCAUCAUCGCAUCCGUUUAAUUCGACGCCAUUAAAGUGGCACGAAAAUAGUAUACGUCAAAUUUCUCGUAUCGGCGACAAAAUUGACAGGGUACGCCUCUUCGACUGUAAAGUGAUUCUCAACGCACAACGAUCACGUCCAAUAACCUUUUUUUAUUCCCAUGCAACGUCGAAAAGUCUUUCUCUAAGGAAAAGAUUCAAGUAUCUUUCAACGCAUCCUCUGCGGCGGCUUCAAUAGUGCUCCAUCUCAGUGACUCCAUUUCAGUCUUUUAUAUCGCGCUGUUUAUUGAGUUCUGCUUUCUACCUAAGUGAUAUUUGCAAUUUAAAACAAUGAUUAUAAUAUGCAGAAUUAAAUUUUAGGCUCAAAAGCUAUCACGCAAACGGUGGAAAGCUGAAUUGUCACAGUACAUGUUCGGACUAACGUGUUUAAUAAAGUAAUUUCUAUCCCCCUCCUACUCUUAUUGAUCGCACAACUUGCUUUAAGGUCGUAUAAUUAAUUCAAAGUAAAUGCAAUUAAUCUAAUUUAACUAACAGUGAUGUUAAUUUAAUAACAAAUUAUUAUCUAACGAGUUUAAUCUUCUUACCGCGUAAUAAUAUAAAGUACGAAGUUUCUAAACUUCAAUGGACGUUAUAGAAAAGGUGUACAUCAGAAGCAAGAUGAUGUCUUUAAAUUCAAGUUAAAUCAAAACAAUGUAACAAAGCUUUUGUUUGAGAUAAAGCUAAAACAAAUAGUUUUUUACACUAUUCUGAUGUAAACUUUUCUGCAGAAAUCGACAAACUUAAAUAGAAUAAGUAUAUGUGCAAUCUCAACCUGCUUAAUACAACGAUCGAAUAUCCUUAUUCGUGUAACAUCGUUUUCUCAAUUCAAUUAUCAUUUCUUAUUAAUAUGUGUGUUAAUAUAUAAUAUUUUCAAACAAUUAUAAAAAUCUUGUAAAAAUACAGAUGAAUAUUACAAUUUUGUAAAUGAAAAAAUAAUUCCUACAUAUUUUCAUAAUCAAAAAUAUUGUAUAACUGUGUCUCUGCAUUGAUGAGUCUUUGACAAUUUCACGCAGCCUCAAUGAGCUAUAUUCGUCAUUUCUCCAUGUGAUAUGUAUUGUACAACCGGCGUCACGAAUGCCUUAACAUGUCGAGUUGCACCAAUUGUGGACGUGCACAUUGUGUAUUCAUGCAUUGUAACUGCGUGGUGACGCAGUAGUCACAGUCUUAUUUAUAUUAAAGUGUAGAUAGCAAAAAAGAAUUUACAAUAAUUAAAGCUUUCAAAGUUCUAUUGUCUGAAA